AUGCGGCCUCACCAUCCGGUGGACGAUCAGUUGUUUGUCGAUUUGAGUCAACAGGAGGAGCGCCCCUUUUCAGGUUGGGGUUAUUCUGCUCAUUCGAUUGAAGCUAUCCAAGUGAAAGCAAGCAAAGACAUACGAUUGCUGGGCAUCGGCUUAUACGGAGGACGUGGCGAGUACAUUGCAAAGAUAAAGCUUUUUCGUCUUCCAAGUGACGUCUCAGAUGAGCAGUGUGCGGAGCUUCUGUCAGAGUCCGAUGAGACGUUGUACGACUGUGGCCAGCGAGAAACCGCUGCUUUGAUGUUAGCUCAACCCGUGCUGGUGAAAGCAAACCAUUGGCAUGUUGUCAGUGCUAAAAUCAGUGGUCCCUCAUCUGACUGUGGAGCCACGGGCAGACGAGUAGUGGAAUGCGACGAUGUAGUCUUUACGUUUCGAAACUCUGCUAUAUCUAACAACGGAACUGACGUAAACGUGGGACAAAUUCCGGAACUGUACUAUCAGGUAGUGUCCUCUUCUGGCGAAGGUGGUUCAAGCGAUGAUGAAAAGCCGGAUGAAUACGCCAGCUCCAGACUGUUUUCAUCCACAUCUAUGGAUACAGUAUCACCGUGCGCAUUUCUUGCUCUACUUCGGGUGCUGGAUUGGUCACUUUCUCGCGUCUUUGAAUUUCAUUGUGAAGGAGAUCAACGAUUAUGGAAUACGGAACGAGCAGCGGCCACAUCGCUGAUAGUUAUGCGGAUACUAAGUAGAUACGUCCUUCUCGUCUACGAUAACAGCAGUGAGGGUGACGAACCAUCCGCGGCUUUUGCUGAUGCUGUCGUUCUACUACAUUCGGCACUAUUAUCGUUAUUUGAUCGUGCAAAUGACUGUAUUCUGGAAGAGGUGAGUGUAUCCGUUUUAGUACCAGAGCGUACGAUCAACCCACAGUAACU